ACGCGCCGCUUCACCCUCAAGAGCUUGGGAUCAAGGCGACCCUUAAACCCCACCAGGUGGAGGGAGUUUCGUGGCUCAUACGAAGAUAUAAACUUGGCGUCAACGUUCUCCUCGGUAGAAUGGGAGUGAUUGCUGCAGCAUGUACAGCCCUCUUAAGGUUGGAAACGUGAAAAACAGGGUGAAUACAUGCAGUAGGGGGUAGUUCCAGCCAGUAUGCCACUGUCCCCACCCUCUCUAAGAUCUUGAAGGGUCCAUAAAAGUGAGGACUAAGCUUCUCGUUGAUCCGUUUGGCCAGGGAUUGCAGUUGAUAAGAUGGGACUGGGCAAGACAUUGCAAGCUAUCUCCUUAUUGAGCUAUUUAAAAGAGUGUCAAUUGUCAGUUGGACCAUUUUUGGUUUUAUGUCCUCUAAGUGUAACAGAUGGAUGGGUUUCAGAGAUAGUUAAAUUUGCCCCCAAACUAAAAGUAAUCAAAUAUGUUGGAGGGAAAGAAUACAGAUGCAGCCUACGGAGGAAUAUUCAUGAGCAUGUAAAGGGACAGUCGACAGCAGUCAAUGCGUUGUUACCUUUUAACAUCCUAUUAACAACUUAUGACAUAGCACUGAUCGAUCAGGAUUUUCUUUCUCAAAUACCAUGGCAUUAUGCAAUUAUUGAUGAAGCUCAAAGACUUAAAAACCCUUCAAGUGUUUUAUACAAUGUUCUCAAAGAGUGCUAUGUCAUGCCAAGACGGUUGUUGAUGACUGGUACACCAAUUCAGAACAAUCUUUCUGAACUGUGGGCAUUGAUGUAUUUUUGUAUGCCUUCUGUCUUUGGUACGCUAGAACAGUUCCUUUCGGCAUUCAAGGACAUCAGUGAUCCUGCAUCAGUUCAAAAUGCAGUGAAGGUAAAGGAGCAACUUAAAAUACUGAAAUGUAUAUUAGGAGCUUUUAUGCUUCGACGGACCAAGUCAAAGCUUAUAGAGAGUGGAACUCUCGUGCUACCAUCCCUCACUGAGAUAACUGUUAUGGCACCCCUAGUGGGCCUGCAGAAAAAGGUCUACAUGUCAAUUUUGAGAAAGGAGCUUCCUAAGUUACUUGCCCUAUCUUCUGGAACUUCAAAUCAUCAGUCUCUGCAGAAUAUUGUGAUACAACUAAGGAAAGCGUGUAGCCAUCCUUAUCUUUUUCCAGGCAUUGAGCCUGAGCCUUAUCAAGAGGGUGAACAUCUGGUUCAGGCCAGCGGUAAAUUGUUGAUCCUGGACCAGCUUCUUCAGAAGUUACAUUAUUAUGGACACCAUGUCCUUCUUUUUGCUCAAAUGACCCAAACACUUGAUAUUUUGCAGGACUUUCUGGAGUUGCGAAAAUAUUCCUAUGUACGUCUCGAUGGGUCAGUUAGGGCUGAGGAGCGCUUUGCUGCAAUAAGAAGUUUCAGUGGCCCUUCAGCUAAUUCAGCUUUGAAUUCUGAAGCAGACCAAAACGGAGCCUUUGUCUUCUUGAUCACGACAAGAGCUGGGGGAGUUGGAUUGAAUCUUGUGGCUGCUGAUACAGUUGUAUUCUAUGAGCAAGAUUGGAAUCCUCAAGUAGACAAACAGGCAUUGCAGCGAGCCCAUCGGAUUGGCCAGAUGAACCAUGUGUUGUGCAUAAACCUUGUUACAGAAAUAACAGCAGAGGAGGUAAUUAUGCGGAGGGCAGAGAAGAAAUUGCAGCUCAGUCUCAAUGUUAUAGGUGAUGAUAUUCAGGAACAUGAAGAAGAACAAAAAUCUGGAGUUGGGACUGGUGAUUUAAAAUCCAUCAUAUUUGGCCUACAUAUGUUUGAUCCUAAUGAAAAUAAUGAUGGGGAGCUUGGGGACAUGAAUUUGUCAGUAAUUAAUGCUAUGACUGACAAGGUGAUUGCAAUGCGUGAUGUACAUAUAUCUGACAAGGAUGACAGAAAAUUUGAGAUCAACCCUAGAAAUCUUCUAGAAUCAUAUAAUGCUAAGGAAGGAUCUUCUGUUUCUUUUAACUCUGAUCCUAGUCUUGAUGAGGCUUCUUAUCUUUCCUGGGUUAAAAAAUUUGAGGAACUGCCAAAAUCAAGUGGUGACUCAAUCAUGGAGAUGAGGAAUAGAGGAAUCUUGGAUGAGGAAAAGCGUCUAAAACUUGAGGUUGCAAAGAAGAAAGCGGAAGAAAAGAAGCUGCGUAAGUGGGAAGCUCUUGGAUACCAUUCAUUGAAUGUGAAUGACCCUAUCAUCACUCCAGAUGGUGGUAAUACAUCAGAUGCUGGAUCUGUUCAUUUUGUGUAUGGAGAUUGCACAGAUCCAUUGAACGUCUGUCCAUCUGAACCUGCCAUAAUAUUGAGCUGUGUUGAUACUUCGGGAAAGUGGGGCCGUGGAGGAAUGUUUAAUGCACUGAACAAGCUUUCUUUGAGCAUUGGUGCUGCCUAUGAACGGGCUUCUGCACAUGGGGACUUGCAUCUCGGGGAUCUACAUCUUAUAAAGCUUGAAGAUGACCGUGAUGAACAAAAUAUGGAUAGAAGUACUCCCGUUUGGGUUGCUUUAGCUGUGGUUCAGUCUUAUAAUCCAAGGCGUAAAGUUCCUCGGAGUACGAUCUCGCUUCCCCACCUGGAAAGCUGCUUAUCAAAAGCCGCAUUUUCAGCCAAGCAAAAUUCCGCAUCAAUCCACAUGCCCCGUAUAGGUUAUCAAGAUGGAUCAGGCCGUUCUGAGUGGUACACCACUGAGCGUCUUCUACGAAAAUAUGCUUCCCUUCAUGGGAUCAGGAUAUAUGUGUACCCCUCUCUCUCUCUCUCUCUAUAUAUAUAUAUAUAUAUGUACACACACUUAUGCAUGUAUGCAUGUAUACUAUGGACAUUUGGCUAUCAUAUAAUUAUUUUCAAACAUUUUUCUGACAGAUACUAUUAUCGUCGACAAUCCCAGUGAAGCUUAAGACUAUAUUUUGUUUAUAACUCAGACGAUAGUUCUUGGGAAUCAUGCUCUGCCUCCAAUAAUGCAUACAUUCUUCUCACUUUCUUAGUCACUGAACUCUCUCAGGAUUAAUAGAAUAUUCUCAGGAAGUCAGGAUGAAGUUCACUUGUAUUCCCCCCUCCCCCCCUUCUCUUUCUUUCUUUGUUUGGAAGAAUGCUUUGUAAGAUUCUGAAUUUUGACGAAACACUAUAUGAAUGUCAGUGAAAUGUUGAAAGAGCCAAAAA